AUGGCAGAAAUAUUGAACAAGACAACCAUGGUAACUGAGUUCAUUCUUGUAGGCUUCACCCAUAUCCGGUGGCUGCAGAUUCUCCUUUUUUGGGUCCUCCUUUUCAUUUAUCUUUUGACCACCAUAGGAAAUCUACUCAUCAUCUACAUCACCCUGGUUGACCAUCGCCUCCAUACCCCCAUGUAUUUUUUCCUCCGGAACUUUUCUGUUUUGGAAAUAGGAUUUAUUUCUUCUGCCAUCCCAAAGGCUCUGCUUAACUUGGCCUCAGGCAGCACCACCAUUGCUCUUGCGGGAUGCUUCUCACAGGCCUUUUUCUAUUUUAUUUUGGGCACCGCUGAAUUCUUUAUUCUGGCCACCAUGUCCUUUGACCGCUACAUAGCCAUCUGCAACCCCCUUCGCUACACAGUCAUCAUGAACAACCAGUUGUGUACUCAGUUAGUAAUAGGAUCUUGGGUUAUCAGCUUCCUCUAUGUCAUAAUACCCCUUAUUCUGUUAUUUCGUUUGCCCUUCUGUGGUCCAAAUAUCAUCAAUCACUUCUUCUGUGACAACAUGCCACUGAUCAAGCUUGCCUGCACCAACACCCAAUUUCUGGAACUGAUGGAUUUUCUCUUGGCCACCUUUACUGUGCUGGGGACCCUGGCCAUCACAAUCAUUUCCUACAUUAAAAUCAUUGCAGCUGUCAUGCACAUGCCUUCUGGGACGAGCAGGCAAAAGGCUUUCUCCACUUGUGCUUCUCACAUUGUGGUAGUUUUCAUCACUUACGGGAGCUGCAUUUUCAUGUACGUCAAGCCUACGCAAAGUGGCGGGCUGGACCUCAGCAAGACGGUAGGUGUCCUGAACAAUGUGGUCUCUCCUUUGCUUAACCCUUUCAUUUACAGCCUGAGAAACAGCCAGGUGAAAACAGCUUUGAAGGACGCUUGUGGAUGGAAAUGA